CAAGGGUCGCCGUCGGUUCAGUUGAACCAGCUUGAUAGCACCAGCUGGCUUAGAGCAAUGGAUGCCCAGGAUGUCGAUGCGUUUUGGGGCUGCUACACCCCCCGGCCGCUUUGCAAUUUGCUGGCGGGGUCGCUUCCAGUAUGUGAGGUCUCGCAGUUCCUGCUUUUCGAUACGAAGGCGAAGCUUCUGCACCUCUGCCACUACGAGGCCGGGAGGUGCCAGGCGCGGCCUCUGUCCCCUGACGGGGUAGCACUACGGAACCCGCGGCAGCUGCUGCUGGCGCCCCGGCUGCGGGUCUUCGCUUCUUUGGAGGUGGCCGACGGCGCCGCCUCCGUCGCUGUGUGGCAGCCCUCAGCCUCUGUCUACCGCCAUCUGGGCGACGCAUCCGCGGGCACCGCCAAGGCGAUUUCUUGGAGCUCCGAGCUGCCGCGGUGCGCCAAAUACUGCGACUCGCUGAUCGACAUCCUGACGGUUUUACUUGCCGACCGCGUGCUGUUGAUAGCAGUGCGGGCUGGCCAAGACGGUCCCAGGUUGGAGCAGCUGGAGCAGCUGCUCUCACUCAAUCUGAGUUUUCCGUGUUCCUGCUUGUGCUGGUCCAAUGAUGGCUCGCAGCUCCUGGUGGGUGGAAAGGGCCAGCUGACUUGUUUUGCCUGGGAACACGGAUCUGGAGACGGUGCGCCGAGACACUCACGGCAUCUUUUGUGUGCAGGCGAGUGCAUGGACAUUCAGGCAGCGCAUGCCAACACUUUUUUGUGCCGAAUCGACCAGCGAGCAGGAAGCCAGCCACGGCUGCUUUUGCCUGGGCAAAGCGCCCCAAGUGCUCCACGAAGGAUGCUGGUACAAGAGAUUGAAAAUCCACAAGACGGGCCUUCCGACUUGCGGCUCAACGACUCGUCGUUCAAUCAGAACAUGCCCGAUGUUGCAAGCUUCAUGGGUCUGCAAGUGGUGCCCUGCCAGAGAUACGUACUGCCCCUCAAGUGCUCCGAUUCCACUUCGGCUUCUUCUGAAAGCAUGCUCCUGGUUGGCUGUUCGGACCAACUUCCACAUCCACACACGCGCAUUAUUUGUUGGGCGUUCCACCAUUCAGCUUCCAUGUUUGCAGAAAACAAGUCAUCAGCUCCCAUGAUUCUCGACGAGGCUGCCGAGGGUUCCGGGCUGCGCUUGACGUGCGGCGCGGAGAGGGAAGCCUUUGGUGAGCUGCUGGCUGUGGGCCGGAACGGUGAGCACCGAGGCGCCUUGGUCGUGCACGGGUCGCACAGCAGCAGCGAGGUCCAAGUCUGGACGUUGGCUCCACCACACCACUGGGGACGGCGUUGUGAGUGGCACUGCGUGGCCACGCUGGAUUUGGCUCCCACAACGUCCCUGCGGCUCGCAGGCCUGGCACUUUGGCCUGGGAACUCUGGUUUGGACCUGCACGCGAUGCUCGCAGAGUCUUCGACAUUCGGGCGCCCGAGGGAUUUUUUUCAUCGGUCAGAGGAACUUGCAGAACACUUGCAGGGAGAUCAGGGCGAACACCUGCAAGCGCCAAGUCCUGUGCCCAAGGACCACCCUGAGCCGGACAGUUCCCAAGAUGGAAAGAAGGCACUUUUGAGCAUUGCCGGUGACGUCGCUGGCAUGCGGCAGGAGAUGAAGGGUCUCCGCGAGGCGCUGGAAGGAUUUCGACAAGAUUUUUCUCGGCUCGCGGCUGCCAUGCAAGCACUAGCGCGGCGACCGGCAUAAUUAGAUGAUUCAAGCCGGGUCGGGUAUUACUGAAGUUCGGGCUUUGGAGGCCAUGCUCAGAACUCGUGACGGCCUGAUGUGAUGUGCAAGGACCCUCGAAUAUCAACCUGAGACGAUGGCCAGCGGAAACAUCAAAGGUGCCUGGAGGAAGAUCCAGACAGUGGCAUGAUGCAUGCAGAAGCAUUCAACUGCCACCCCCCAUAGCCCCAUAGCAUCCAAGGCAAAGUGCCA